AGGCGUGCGUACAACGAACGCGACUCUGGAAAGUGGAGAAAACGACUGCGAAAGAGCUCUGGAAAAAUCCGGUGUUAUAUAAAUCUCCGGAUUUCACUGCUCAAAGAUUGUUUUGAGUUUUCCAAUUGAAUUUGAUUUUCGGUGCAAAUGUCAGUGACGCUUCACACAAACUUGGGUGACAUCAAGUGCGAAAUAUUUUGUGACGAGGUUCCCAAAACGGCCGAGAAUUUUUUGGCAUUAUGUGCCAGUGGCUAUUAUGACGGAACCAUAUUCCACAGAAAUAUAAAGGGUUUUAUGAUUCAAGGUGGUGAUCCCACUGGAACAGGCAAAGGUGGGACAAGUAUAUGGGGAAAAAAGUACAAUGAUGAGAUACGAGAAUCUCUUAAGCACAAUGCCCGAGACAUAUUAUCGAUGGCUAAUAGCGGGCCCAAUACCAAUGGAAGCCAAUUUUUCAUAUCAUAUGGGAAGCAGCCUCAUCUCAAUGGAUUGUACACCAUCUUCGGCAAAGUGAUUCAUGGGUUUGAAGUACUCGACAUUAUGGAAAAGACUCAAACGGGACCGGGAGAUCGGCCUCUUGCGGAGAUCAGGAUCAAUCGUGUGACGCUACACGCUAAUCCAUUGGCUGGUUAAGCGUAACUUAUAUAUCAUUAUGAAAUUGUUCCCCCAGUUUUGUGGAUUGCAAGGAAUUGGGCUAACCUUCAUUCACAAUAUACAUUCUGUUGAGUAAUCCCAAUACCCUUUACCUGAUUGGCUGAUUGGUUUGUUUGAUAGGAGCACUAGACAAUAUUAAUUUUGUGUGUUGGAUUGUCUAAUCCUGGCUGUUAUCACUUAUCAAACUUUAGAUAGGUUUUAACAAUUGAUAUGGCUCUCUUGUGCCCAGAGUUGUAACUAUGGCGAUUUUGCAUGUCAUUAAUUGAAUCACGAGACUGGUCUGGCUGUCUUAGAUAAGGUGAUUGGGAAUGUUGUGUAUUGUAUCGUUUUGUGCUUCGAACUCGAGGUUUACGAACUAAGUGAAUUUCUAGAAUCUAUAGUUUGCGAUGCUUGGCUUGA